AUGGAUGAGCAACAAGCAGACAGCUGGCAAGCGCCGCACUGGAGCGACGAGACGAUUGACCCUAGUUGGUUGUCCAAUUUUGAUUCUCUCGAUUUCGAUUUCAAUACACUCGAUCUUGCACAGGAGUCGGCGCCCAUCCAACCUUCGAUGUCCAGCAUUAACAACCCGGCCAUGAUGGAGAAUCUUGGAAUCGAUAUCUUCUCACCACCAACUAGUGCACUCCCGCCUACGGGGUGUACGCUAGACGCUGCUUCCUGCCAGGCAAUGGCACAGUACGAGCGUUCACUGGAGCAGCGUCAGAAUUCACUCCCUCGCAGGCGUAGUAAGUAUCAGCUGCGGAGGUCAGGAAGCGGAACAAAGACCGUUCCUAUCGCGAUUCCUAGAGCCAGCCCACAACUUAGGGAUGUGCAGUCUCUCGCUAUGCAACGAUGGCAAAACUCACCACCCGAAGACGAAGCAGCUUCUCUGUCCGCCAUUUACAAUGCCCUGGAAAGUGGGCCCUCGAGCAUCUCAGCAAACGCCAACCACACUCAACGUAAAGAUGCGUUUUAUAAGCAUCGCGGUCAUUCCUCUACCACAAGUAUCGACAGUGGGGCGAGUGAAUCCUCUCUACGGUCAUGGAAUUCAAGUCACUCCGCUGCCUCGAAGACGAGUCCCCGCAGCCAUACUCCGAGGACACGCCGCAGUGGCAAGGGGAAAUCAAGGAACAUGAAUGCAGCAGAUCGCAAAUUCAAAUGCACAUUCUGCUGCGAUACAUUCAAGCACAAAUACGACUGGACACGGCACGAGAAGUCGCUCCAUCUAAAUAUGGAGGAGUGGAUUUGCGCGCCUCAUGGAGCUUCAGUUGUACUGCCUCUGACUGGUAGAAACCACUGCGCAUACUGUAGCGCCCUCGACCCCACACACGAGCACCUGCAACAGCACAACCAUUUUGCCUGUCUCGAGAAUCGCUCUAACCCCGCCGUCUUUCGCCGCAAGGACCAUCUAGUCCAACAUCUUCGUCUCGUCCAUAAACUGGAUACACUUCCGCUAAUCGACGAUUGGAAGAUCGAGCUCAUACCAAUUGCUUCCCGCUGUGGAUUUUGCAGUAGGACAAUGAACAGCUGGGACGAGCGCAUAGAUCACUUAACUACCCAUUUUCACGACGGAAAGACGAUGGCCGACUGGAAGGGCGACCAUGGUUUUAAUUCUGCUGUUACCGCUCGAAUCACCAACGCCUUCCCACCCUAUCUGAUCGCCGCUCAGUCGACCACGCUGGUUCCCUUCUCGGCGACAGAUCCAGCAUCCUUAGACCACACGAAACAACUCCUAUCACAGAUGACUCUCGGAGUAGCAUCCCCGCCAACUCUACCAACCCUACCAGAGCCGACUCCCCAUGUCCAAGGCUUUUCAUUCUCAGAACCCGGGACCUUGCCAUCCCAUCAAGAACUAGACACGUCUCUAGUCUUGGAUGUUUUGACACGCCAUCUCAGCCAAUUCGCAAGACAGCAGAUGCUCGCGGGAAUUCUCCCCACUGAUGAGAUGUUCCAGCGGGAGUCGCGGCGCGUGCUGUAUCAGUGUGAAGAUGACGAGUGGAAUCAGACGGUGGCUGACGAUCCGAAUUGGCUAGAGCAAUUUAGACUUCAGACCGGUUUUAGUGGGGGUUCCAGCGCGUGA